AGCCCUUCAUAACUAGCACGCGCAGUAAGGCUCUGCGUCCAUUUUUCCAAAAAACAAAAAAAAAAGAAAAACCCAAAACUUUUAUCGAUCGUAUUGUAUCUUAUGGUAUCUUAAAUCGUAGCAAAACAUUUCACAGCAUUGCAUCAUUUUACUUGGAUUUUAGGUUUUCUGAGUGCCGUUAAUGGCGCAUCUAGGCGGUGGUGCUGAGGCGCAUGCCCGUUUUAAACAGUACGAGUAUAGAGCUAAUUCUAGUCUAGUGCUAACCACUGACUCACGCCCACGUGACACGCAUGAGCCCACCGGUGAACCUGAGUCCCUCUGGGGAAAAAUUGAUCCCAAAAGCUUCGGUGACCGUGCUUUUAGAGGGAAGCCUCCUGAAUUGGAGGAGAAACUUAAGAAAUCUAAGAAGAAGAAAGAGAGGGACCCGCAUGCGGAGCCUGUACCUAAGCGUCAAGCGAAAAGACGUCGCCUUAGGGAAGAGAGUGUGCUUACUUCUACUGAAGAAGGUGUUUAUCAGCCCAAAACUAAGGAGACUAGAGCGGCUUAUGAGGCAAUGUUGAGUGUUAUUCAGCAGCAAUUGGGUGGUCAGCCUCUUAAUAUUGUCAGUGCAGCUGCGGAUGAGAUUUUGGCGGUUUUGAAGAAUGAGAGCGUUAAGACUAAUGAUAAGAAGAAGGAAAUUGAGAAGUUGUUGAAUCCUGUUCCAAAUCAUGUUUUCGAUCAGCUUGUUUCAAUUGGUAGGCUUAUUACUGAUUUUCAAGAUGUGAGUGCGGGUGGUGAUGCUGCAGGGAAUGCUGUGGGUAAUGGUGAUGGUGAUGACGCCCUUGAUGAUGAUGUGGGUGUGGCUGUUGAGUUUGAGGAAGAUAACGAGGAUGAUGAAGAUGAGAGUGAUUUGGAUAUGGUGCCUGAUGAUGAAGAUGAUGAGGAGGAGGAUGUGGCAGAACAGAAUGGUUCUGGGGCUGGUGGUAUGCAAAUGGGUGGUAUUGAUGAUGAAGAAAUGCAGGAGGCGAAUGUAGGGUUGAGCCUCAAUGUGCAGGAUAUUGAUGCUUAUUGGCUUCAAAGGAAGAUAUCACAAGCUUUUGAGCAGAAGAUGGAUCCACAACAGUGCCAGAAACUUGCAGAGGAGGUCCUUAAAAUACUUGCCGAGGGAGGAGAGGACAGGGAAGUUGAGAACAAGUUACUCUUGCAUCUCUCUUAUGAGAUGUUCAACCUUGUUAGGAUUCUUAUGCGUAACAGGCUGAAGAUAGUAUGGUGUACUCGUUUGGCAAGGGCUAAAGACCAGCAAGAGAGGAAGCAGAUUGAGGAAGAAAUGAUGAGUUCUGGUCCAGAUUUAGUAGCAAUUCUGGAGCAGUUGCAUGCUACAAGGGCAACUGCAAAAGAGAGGCAAAAAAACUUGGAGAAGAGUAUAAGAGAAGAGGCUCGCCGGCUCAAGGACGAGAGUGGUGGGGACUAUGAUAGAGAUAGGAGGGGGCUUGUGGAUAGAGAUGCAGAAAGUGGCUGGGUGAAAGGCCAGCCCCAGUUGCUUGAUCUAGAAAGCAUUGCUUUUGAGCAAGGGGGUCAUUUGAUGGCAACCAAGAAAUGUGAUCUUCCAGUUGGUUCCUACAGGCAUACAAGCAAAGGUUAUGAGGAAGUUCAUGUGCCAGCCUUGAAGCCUAGACCUAUAGCAUCUGAUGAGAAGCUUGUCAAGAUAUCCGACAUGCCAGGUUGGGCACAACCUGCUUUCAAAGGGAUGCAGCAGUUGAAUAGAGUACAGAGUAGAGUUUAUGAAACUGCGCUUUUUAAGGCAGAUAAUGUUCUCCUGUGUGCCCCCACUGGAGCAGGAAAAACUAAUGUUGCAGUACUCACCAUACUUCAGCAACUUGGAUUGAAGAUGAAUAAAGAAGACGGUUCAUUCAACCAUAGCGACUAUAAGAUAGUCUAUGUGGCACCUAUGAAAGCUCUUGUUGCUGAAGUUGUUGGUAAUUUGUCCAAUCGUCUGCAGGAGUAUGGUGUGAAGGUUAGGGAGCUGAGUGGAGACCAGUCAUUGACUCGCCAACAAAUUGAAGAAACUCAAAUAAUUGUGACUACUCCUGAGAAGUGGGAUAUUAUUACUCGGAAGUCUGGGGAUCGCACUUACACUCAGCUUGUGAAACUACUUAUUAUUGAUGAGAUUCAUCUUCUCCAUGAUAAUAGAGGACCUGUCCUUGAGAGUAUUGUUGCUAGAACUGUUAGACAAAUUGAAACUACUAAAGAACAUAUCCGCCUAGUGGGAUUAUCUGCAACGCUCCCUAAUUAUGAAGAUGUGGCAUUGUUUUUAAGAGUUGACCUUAAAAAAGGACUCUUCCAUUUUGACAAUAGUUACAGACCUGUCCCUCUCUCUCAACAGUAUAUUGGCAUCACUGUGAAGAAGCCACUGCAGAGGUUUCAGUUGAUGAAUGAUAUCUGUUAUGAAAAGGUGAUGGCAGUUGCUGGAAAGCAUCAAGUUCUUAUUUUUGUCCACUCAAGAAAGGAAACGGCAAAGACAGCUAGAGCAAUACGGGAUUCUGCACUUGCUAAUGAUACUCUGGGCAGAUUCUUGAAAGAGGACAGUGCUAGCCGUGAGAUCCUUCAAAGUCAUACAGAUAUGGUAAAAAGCAAUGACCUGAAAGAUCUUCUGCCCUAUGGUUUUGCAAUUCAUCAUGCUGGCAUGACAAGGGCUGACCGUCAACUUGUUGAGGAUCUGUUUGCAGAUGGACAUGUACAAGUGUUGGUUUCUACUGCAACUCUUGCUUGGGGUGUCAAUUUGCCUGCUCAUACUGUGAUUAUUAAAGGGACUCAGAUAUACAAUCCAGAAAAAGGAGCAUGGACUGAAUUAAGUCCGUUGGAUGUUAUGCAGAUGCUGGGUCGUGCAGGAAGACCCCAGUAUGAUUCAUAUGGGGAAGGAAUUAUCAUUACUGGCCAUACUGAACUUCAAUACUAUCUGUCUUUAAUGAAUCAACAACUUCCCAUUGAAAGUCAGUUUGUGUCCAAACUGGCUGAUCAAUUGAAUGCCGAAAUUGUUCUUGGAACUGUACAAAAUGCUAGAGAAGCUUGCAACUGGCUUGGCUACACUUACUUGUAUAUUCGUAUGCUGCGAAACCCAACACUGUAUGGCUUAGCACCAGAUGUUCUCACAAGAGAUAUUACACUGGAGGAGAGGAGGGCUGAUUUGAUUCAUUCUUCUGCGACUAUAUUAGACAAGAAUAAUCUGGUUAAGUAUGAUAGAAAAAGUGGAUAUUUCCAGGUUACUGACUUGGGUCGCAUAGCUAGCUAUUACUAUAUAACUCAUGGCACAAUAUCCACGUAUAAUGAGCAUCUGAAGCCAACAAUGGGGGAUAUAGAGUUAUGUCGUCUGUUCUCAUUGAGUGAAGAAUUUAAGUAUGUGACAGUGAGACAAGAUGAGAAGAUGGAACUAGCAAAGCUGUUGGACCGUGUUCCAAUUCCAAUCAAGGAAAGCCUGGAGGAGCCUAGUGCUAAGAUUAAUGUUUUGCUUCAAGCAUAUAUUUCACAACUUAAGCUUGAGGGGCUUUCUCUUACAUCAGACAUGGUGUUCAUCACUCAGAGUGCGGGCCGUCUUCUUCGAGCUCUUUUUGAGAUUGUCCUGAAGAGAGGUUGGGCGCAAUUAACUGAGAAAGCUUUGAACUUAUGUAAAAUGAUCAACAAGAGGAUGUGGAGUGUCCAGACGCCACUGCGCCAAUUCAAUGGGAUCCCAAAUGAAAUUCUGAUGAAGUUGGAGAAGAAAGAUUUGGCUUGGGAAAGGUAUUAUGAUCUCUCAUCACAGGAGAUCGGUGAACUCAUUCGUUUUCCAAAGAUGGGCAGAACAUUACACAAGUUCAUUCACCAAUUUCCAAAGCUAAACCUGGCGGCACACGUUCAGCCAAUCACUCGUACAGUGUUGAGGGUGGAACUUACCAUAACACCGGACUUCCAAUGGGAGGAUAAGGUUCAUGGUUAUGUGGAGCCAUUUUGGGUCAUUGUGGAGGAUAAUGACGGUGAAUAUAUUCUCCACCAUGAAUACUUUAUGCUGAAGAAGCAGUACAUCGAUGAGGACCACACAUUGAACUUCACAGUGCCUAUCUAUGAGCCAUUGCCGCCUCAGUAUUUCAUCCGUGUUGUGUCAGAUAAGUGGCUUGGGUCACAAACUGUUUUGCCAGUGUCUUUUAGGCACCUUAUCUUACCAGAAAAGUAUCCUCCUCCCACAGAGUUAUUGGACUUGCAACCUUUGCCUGUGACUGCAUUGCGGAAUCCAUCAUAUGAAGCUCUUUAUCAAGAUUUUAAACAUUUUAAUCCUGUCCAAACUCAGGUCUUUACUGUUCUGUAUAAUACAGAUGACAAUGUAUUAGUUGCAGCACCAACAGGUAGUGGGAAAACUAUAUGUGCUGAAUUUGCUAUAUUGAGAAAUCAUCAAAAGGGACCUGAUAGUGUUACGCGCGCUGUGUAUAUUGCACCUCUUGAAGCAAUUGCCAAGGAGCGUUAUCGUGAUUGGGAGCGGAAAUUUGGUCGAGGUCUUGGCAUGCGGGUUGUUGAAUUAACUGGGGAAACAGCAACAGACUUAAAACUGCUUGAAAAGAGUCAAAUAAUCAUCAGUACUCCUGAAAAAUGGGAUGCUUUGUCUCGUCGCUGGAAACAGCGGAAGUAUGUCCAGCAGGUUAGUCUAUUUAUUAUUGACGAGCUCCACUUGAUUGGGGGUCAAGGUGGUCCAAUCUUGGAAGUGAUUGUUUCUAGGAUGAGGUAUAUUGCUAGUCAGAUAGAGAAUAAGAUUCGGAUUGUGGCCUUGUCAUCUUCUCUUGCAAAUGCUAAGGAUCUUGGAGAAUGGAUAGGAGCCACCUCGCAUGGCCUUUUUAAUUUCCCUCCUGGAGUGCGCCCAGUCCCCUUGGAAAUACACAUUCAGGGAGUGGAUAUUGCAAACUUUGAAGCAAGGAUGCAGGCCAUGACAAAACCGACAUACACUGCAAUAGUUCAACAUGCCAAAAAUGGAAAGCCUGCUAUUGUUUUUGUUCCUACAAGAAAGCAUGUGCGUCUUACUGCAGUGGAUCUAAUGACAUACUCAAGUGCAGACAGUGGAGAGAAGCCUGCUUUUAUGAUGCGAUCCAUAGAAGAACUGGAACCUUUUGUUGGCAGGGUUCAGGAUGAAAUGUUAAGAUCCACUUUACGUCAAGGAGUUGGGUACUUGCAUGAGGGCUUGAGUAGUUUGGAUCAAGAAGUAGUGUCACAGCUCUUCGAAGCUGGGUGGAUUCAGGUUUGUGUUAUGAGCAGUUCAAUGUGUUGGGGAGUGCCAUUGGCAGCACAUUUGGUGGUUGUGAUGGGAACUCAGUACUAUGAUGGGCGUGAAAAUGCUCACACAGAUUAUCCAGUUACAGAUCUCUUACAGAUGAUGGGUCAUGCUAGUCGACCUUUACUAGAUAACUCUGGAAAGUGUGUCAUCCUUUGUCACGCACCACGUAAAGAAUAUUACAAGAAGUUUUUAUAUGAAGCAUUCCCUGUAGAAAGUCAUUUGCACCAUUUCCUGCACGACAAUUUUAAUGCAGAAGUAGUUGCUGGAGUUAUUGAAAACAAGCAGGAUGCAGUAGAUUACCUUACAUGGACUUUCAUGUAUAGGCGGCUCACACAAAAUCCGAACUACUACAAUCUCCAGGGAGUUAGUCAUAGGCAUCUUUCUGAUCAUCUUUCAGAGCUUGUUGAGAACACAUUGAGUGAUUUGGAAGCAAGUAAAUGUGUUGCUAUUGAGGAGGACAUGGAUCUUUCUCCAUUGAACCUUGGCAUGAUAGCGUCUUACUAUUACAUCAGUUAUACUACCAUUGAGCGUUUCAGUUCUUCUUUGACUUCUAAAACAAGGAUGAAGGGUCUUCUGGAAAUUCUUGCUUCAGCUUCAGAGUAUGCACAGCUUCCAAUACGACCUGGAGAGGAAGAGGUGCUUCGUAGGCUGAUCAAUCACCAGAGGUUCUCAUUUGAAAAUCCCAGAUACAGUGAUCCACAUGUGAAGGCAAAUGUACUGUUACAAGCCCAUUUCUCAAGGCAUUCUGUGGGUGGAAACCUAGCAUUAGACCAGCGAGAGGUGCUCCUUUCUUCCAGCAGAUUGCUUCAAGCAAUGGUUGAUGUUAUUUCAAGCAAUGGUUGGUUGAGCCUUGCUCUUCUAGCAAUGGAAGUUAGCCAAAUGGUGACACAGGGGAUGUGGGAGCGUGAUUCCAUGCUUCUCCAACUUCCACAUUUUACGAAGGAGCUGGCCAAGAAAUGCCAAGAGAAUCCAGGAAAGAGUAUAGAGACAGUCUUUGAUUUGGUAGAGAUGGAAGAUGAUGAGAGGCGGGAGCUACUCCAAAUGUCCAACUCAGAAUUGUUAGAUGUUGUAAGGUUCUGCAACCGGUUCCCCAACAUUGAUAUGUCAUAUGAGGUAAUGGAUGGGGAGGAUGUGAGGGUGGGAGAUGAUAUUACUCUGCAAGUCACUCUAGAGCGUGAUCUGGAGGGGAGGACUGAGGUUGGACCAGUUGAUGCUGCCAGGUAUCCUAAAGCUAAAGAAGAAGGUUGGUGGCUUGUUGUUGGCGAUACCAAGAGUAACCAGCUGCUGGCCAUCAAGAGGGUCUCUCUCCAGAGAAAGUCAAAGGUGAAACUCGAGUUUGCGGCCCCAUCAGAAACUGGAAGGAAGUCGUAUACUCUCUACUUCAUGUGUGAUUCUUAUCUGGGAUGUGACCAGGAAUAUAGCUUUAAUGUUGAUGUCAAAGAAGCAGGUGGCCCAGAUGAGGAUUAAAUUUCCAUUUUGUGAUUUUCUUUUCCUUGGCUUACUUUUCCUAGCCUCAGUAACAACGCUUUCAGAUAGUGAUUUUUGGUUUCUGUAGUUGCUUUCUGUUUGGCUACUUGAACAUGUAUACGAUUCUGAUGCAGUUGAAAUAUUAUACCAAGUGGCUAUGCCCUGCAUAUUUUUGAAAAAUAUGAUUUGUCAGCCAGUUGUUAUAUCUCA